AUGUCCGACCAGAACCUUCGCUUUGAGACUCUCCAGCUUCAUGCUGGCCAGGAACCAGAUCCCACCACCAAUGCCCGAGCAGUCCCGAUCUAUGCCACUACCUCCUUCAACUUCAAUGACUCUGCCCAUGGCGCAAGGCUCUUCGGCCUCAAGGAAUUCGGCAACAUAUAUUCACGUAUCAUGAACCCGACGGUCGAUGUGUUCGAGAAGCGUGUUGCGGCUCUGGAAGGUGGUGUUGCUGCCGUCGCGGCUUCGUCUGGACAAGCAGCCCAGUUCCUGACCAUCGCUGCGUUGGCAAGAUCGGGCGAUAACAUCGUCUCUACCAGCAAUCUAUAUGGUGGGACUUACAAUCAGUUCAAAGUCCUGUUCCCUCGCUUUGGAAUCACCACGAAGUUUGUGCAGGGUGACAAUGCCGCGGAUAUUAAAGCUGCAAUCGACGACCGAACAAAGGCUGUCUAUGUGGAAUCAAUUGGCAAUCCACGAUACAAUGUACCUGAUUUCGAGGCUAUUGCCGAAGUGGCUCACGAGAAGGGUGUCCCCUUAGUGGUGGAUAACACUUUUGGAGCCGGUGGCUACUUCAUCCGUCCUAUUGACCAUGGGGCCGAUAUCGUCGUACACAGUGCCACGAAGUGGAUCGGGGGUCAUGGAACUACCAUCGGGGGUGUGAUUGUGGACAGCGGCAAGUUCGACUGGGGCAAGAAUGCUGCUCGUUUCCCACAGCUAGUCGAGCCCUCCGAAGGCUACCACGGGUUGAAAUUCUGGGAGACUUUCGGCCCUAUAGCUUUUGCCAUUGCUGUUCGAGUUGAGCUUCUCCGCGACCUCGGCUCUACAUUAAACCCAUUUGCGGCCCAGCAGCUGAUUCUCGGGCUGGAGACUCUGAGUCUCCGGGGGGAACGCCAUGCAACCAAUGCUUUGGCUCUGGCAAAGUGGCUUCAGCAGAAUGAGCACGUUAGCUGGGUUUCUUACCCCGGUCUUGAAGAUCAUCCCUCCCAUGCGACUGCGAAGAAGUACUUGAAACGGGGCUUUGGUGGUGUCCUUUCAGUCGGUGUCAAAGGCGGCGCUGCUGCCGGAAGCCAAGUCGUUGAUGGUUUCAAGUUGAUCUCCAAUCUUGCGAAUGUUGGUGACUCGAAGACUCUGGCUAUCCAUCCUUGGUCUACAACCCAUGAGCAGCUUUCUGACCAGGAGAAGCUGGAUUCUGGCGUUACGGAAGAUGGCAUUCGUAUUUCGGUUGGCACAGAACAUAUUGACGACAUCAUUGCGGACUUUGAGCAGUCAUUCAAGGCAUCUAAGGCAGCAAUCCCUGACCGUACUGCUUGA